UCGUGUUCAACAUUUUUGUUUAUUACCUUAGCAUAUAUAUAUUUUGGCUACAAAAGAGAAAAUUUAGAUUUUUUCUCAUUAAAAUUCUCGCACGAUAUCCAGCAAAACAAAAAGAUAUUUGAAAUUACCCGUGAUUGAAAUUUAGUUUAAAUUUAACAAAUGGCGCAUCGUAUUUGGACUGUGACGAUUAAGAGACAUCCUCUGCUAUCAGUUCCUACAAUAAAGAUACUAAACGUCCAAGUAAACCGCACUCUAAUGGAGAGAAAGAAUCUGCAACCGUUUUUCACAAAGCCAAGCGUUGUAUUCUCAAAGGAGGCCCUCGCGCAUCAUUGGGGGGCAGUACCCAUUGUAGUGAUCACAUUGGUUGGAUUUACCCUGGAAGUACUGUCCUGGAUUCGCAUAGCCGUUACCCGGGAUGAUGUGUGGUGGACCAAGCACUCGGGAAAUUGCAUGUUUGUGGAGACCCGCAAAGGGUAUCCCGCGCCCAAUCGCAAGUUCUUGACAUUCAAUCAGAAAUAUGAGACUCCACCUGGACUGAUUGAGGCCCUGCAGGGAAAUACGGAUGGUCCUUCGAAUGAUGAAAAAAACACCAAAAAGUAGAGGAAAAUGGCUUCGUAUACGGAGGGGUUCAGAUCCGCUUCGAAGUCGUAUUUAUAAUCCUAUUAUCAGAGAUCAUUGGAUAGAAUUGUGCUGCGACCGUAUGAUUAUACUGGGCAACUGUAAAGAGCAACAAAAUUUCAAAUAAAACGCCUAGUCCGCGACAGGACAUAUCAUAUUAAAA